AUGGAAUUUAUUUCUAGCACUAUAGUACCAUCCAUUACUUUUUCUCCAUUCGAAAGCGAUGAUAAACCUUCAAACAUUUUCGGUUUCAAUAAUUCACUAUCCUCAAGUUUCUUGCACCUAAGUAUUCCAUUGGAUAGUCCUCAAGAAAGUGAAUUCUGCUCUACACAUGUAUUGUCCAAUAGCUCUUAUUAUAGAAAUUAUGAUUUUAUUGACGAUAAUAUAGACCAGGACGAAACUAUUAAUAAAAAUAAUUUCGAUGAUGAAUAUAGUAAUAGCCAACUCCAAUACAAUUUUAUAAAACAGCAAACAAAAGAAAUUUGCGAAUUAGAUAUUAAUUCAAGAUAUGCCAUAAUAAUAGAAGAUGAUGAAGACGAAGACUACAAUUCUAAAUUAGAAGCUGAUACUUAUUUAGACUAUUAUAUAAAUAUUAACUAA